AUGUUAACUGCCCCACCGGGCUUUCUUAACCAGGAUCCAGACUCAGACUUGAAAACUUUUUUUAGGAUAUUUGUGUGUUUUGAUGCAUUGAAAAAGGGGUUCUUGGCAGGUUAUAGGAAGUUGUUAUGCCUGGACGGUUGUUUCCUUAAAACUUUUCUAGGGGGUAUGUUAUUGGCUGCUAUAAGAAGAGAUGCAAAUGACCAAAUGUAUCCUCUAGCCUGGGCUGUAGUUGAGGGUGAAAACAAUGAUAGCUGGGAAUGGUUUAUGGAGGAACUAAGGAAAUGUCUAGAUGUGCAUGAGGGUGGAAAGGGUUGGACCUUUGUUUCUGACCAACAUAAGGGAAUACUGAAUGCAAUUGCUUUGGUGUGGGGUAAUGCUGAGCACAGAAAUUAUGCAAGACAUAUUUAUGGUAACUGGCACAAGAAAUUCAAAAGUGAUGAGUUGAAGGAGGUUUAUUGGCAAGCAUGUAGAUCUUAUAAUGAGGCUUACUUUCUUGAAGCUAUAAAGGAAAUGAACAACCUGGAUCGUGAAGCAGUUGAUGCAUUUAUAAAGCAAAAUCCUAAAGGCUUUGUGAGGUGCUAUCUUCAAAAUGAUACCAAGUGUUGUGUCAUAGUCAACAACAUGGCUGAGACCUUUAAUGGUACCAUAGUUCAGUCUAGGGCAAAGCACAUUAUCCAUAUGUUAGAGGAUAUAAGGGUUUCAAUGAUGAGAAGGAUAACUACAAAGCAUUCUGAGGUGGUUGCCUUUGAUGGGGUUGUGUGUCCUAGGAUACAAGAGAAACUUGAUCAAGAGAAGUAUUGGGCUUACAAAAGUUUUCUCGGAAAGAAUGCUGAGGACUUUGUGCAUGAAUGGUAUCAUAAAGACCAGUACCUAAAGUCUUAUGAACACACUAUCCCAUCACUACCUAGUGAAAAAUACUGGCCUAAGGUUGAUUAUCCUCUGGACCCACCACCAAUUAAAAUUGCUCCUGGAAGAGCCAAGAAAAACAGGAAGAGAGAUCCACAUGAAGACCCUAAGAAACCAGGCAAAUUGACAAAGCAUGGGAUACAAAUGACAUGUAGCAACUGCAACGAAAAAGGCAACAAUGUAAGGAAGUGCAGUUCGAAGGGUAAGGCUAAGGUUGGUGCAGCUAAUGGAGAUGAAGGUGGGCCUAAACAAUCAAGGGCUAGGCCAAAGGGGAAAGCUGUUAUGGUGAAAGUUGCUGUUGGUUCUAAAAGGAAAAGGGCUAAGUCAAAGUCAAAGGUUAGAUCAAGUAAAGCAUCAUAG